AUGCUUAUUCCUAUUGCCCUGGCCAUUCUGGGAUUCCUUUGGCUGUUGCACCGGCUGUUGCUGUUGCUUUCGCUGCCUUUGGAGAAGUCCAUCAAGGUCUUGAAUGUGUCGAUCCCCACGGUGCCGUUGGUUUCCAUCGACAAGGUGUCGCAUUCGAGUAUGGUGAUCCAUUGGGACAGUCCCGUGGACGAGGACGACGCGGACCACAGCACAGACCCUGUUUCGAGCGGGCCGCCGAUACUGCAGCACGCGUCGCCGAAAACUAUCAGUCAUUACGUGCUGUACAUCAACGGUAUCCAAGCGGCAGUGAUCAACGGCGACCGCCAUUCGUGCGUCAUAAAUGGCCUGUUCCCGGAAAGCAACUACCAGGUGGACAUUGUGGCGUUCAACAUGGCCAAUUUCCGAUCCAAGUCGUCGCCCGUUCACGUGAAAACAGGCCCAAAUAACAUGUCUGAGCUCGACCAUCCGGACCAGUUGUUGGAUGUGCUUAUUCCGCACGACGAAAGAGAAACAGUCACGAAAAAGUCAACUUUGCGCCAGACAUCGCCGGCAACACGGUCCCGCAGCAACACGGCCGACCAGGAGAACCUCAAGAGUCGCAUCCAUCCGCAUUUGAUCACCGACAUCGGCGAGCUCAAGUUUCUGCUGGAAACGGGUCUUGACACCGUGCGCAGUCUGUCCAAGGCCAGCAAGGAGCUCGAGACCGAUUUUCUGGAAGAAGAGUCUGUUCUUAUAGCCGCGCGCAAUGAGGCUAGAGAACGCAGAAAGCUUGAAGACCAAAACAGAUCCAGUCUGCGGCAGGAGAUCAAGUUCCUUGAAGAAACCCGAAUGAAGACAGAAAACCGCAUAUCCUCGGACCAGACCAAGCUCGAGACGCGGCGUCGCAAGAUUCAGGAGAAGAAGUCAGAGAUGAAGCAGUGGAAAGUUUUGUUGGCCGAGAAAAGGGCCGCUAAAGAAAAGCUCGAGGAAAGAGAGCCUGUUGAGCUUGAGACACUCAAGUUGCAAGUUGAGGAACUCAACAAGGAGAUUUUCAAGCUGCAAAUCGAGGUCCACGACGUGGAGGAGGAUAUCAAGUACGAUCUGGCGAACAGAAAGAAGCAGGAGACUUUGAAACAACAACUUCAAGCAUUAUUUGAGCAGCUUCGUACUCACACAGACACCGAAACAGGAACUUUGAAGCCAGAGGGACGUACCCUGUUUGAGGAGCUAUGCAAACUGCGGCCGGACUGGGAACAGGAUUUCAAGAACGAGUUUUCGUUGGACGACCAAUUUGAUUCUCAAUGGAAAGUUUUACGAAACACCGACAAGGAGAAGAUCGAGACGUUGCGCCAGCAAGUGGACGAGAAACACUCGCGGCCAAGCUCGCAGUACGAGAACUUUGGCGCGUUCAACGAUGGCUCUAUCAGCAAUAUCUUGUCGACUGCAAUGAACAGAAUGAACACUCCAUUAUCGUACAACGGUCUGAGUCCCGAGCCGACUCUUUCAAGCAGUCCACCUGUUUGGAACAGUCCGAUAAAUCUACAAACCAACCAGAUGGACAUGUUCCGCAAUCUUCUCGACAAACCACAAUCUGCAGAGUCUCCUCACUCGCACGUUUCCAACUUUGAUUUCUCUGCAAUCAACUACAACGACAACAUGAUGUUUGGGCUUCCAACAACAGUGAAUCCAAUCAUUCCGGGUACGACCGACGACCAGGUAUUCCCGAACGGACUUGUUCCUGGGAUGUCUACGUCGCCCAGCAUGCGGGACUCUUCCAAGUUUUUUGGAUCCAUCAACAGCCAGCGGCACAUCAGGUCUAACGGAUCGAGCAUCGACCGAAUUGGAACCGCCGACUCACCACAGGACCCGCCUCCGCAUCUUGGGUUUGAUCUCUCGCGCGCAAGAAGCACGAGUUUUGGUUCCAGCAUUUGGAAUAACAGUGCCAAUAAUUCCAACUGGGGAUCGAUGAACAUUCUGAACACGCCAUUGAACGACGAAAUGACACCAAAGAUCUACUUUGAGUCUGAGGAUCCAAUGCCAAAACCGUCAUCGAAUGCUUCGUCUCCAUCGUUUCUAAAGACCAAGCUUUUCAAGUUUGGAUCCAGUCCUACCAAGACGGGAACCAAGUCGACCGAGGGCGACGAUUCGAGUGUGGCCACCGACGAGGAGUUGCAGUCUGGUUCUGGCUCCGGUUCUGGCUCUGGACCCAACUCUAUGGGUUCCGGAUUGCUUGGUAGCGGGUUUGGUUCGAGAUCGUCUCGGUUCUUCAAGUUGAAGAAGAACCAAUCAGAAGACUCUCCACUGGAGCCAGCGUCCGACUCCUCGUCAUCUGGAAACGUUCUAGCCAGACGGUUGAGCUUUGCGUUCAAAAGAGGCGACAAAGACAAAGAUUCUAAAGGCGAGUCGGUGAUUGAGGAAGAAGACGAAGAUUAA